AUGUUCUUCCACGAACCCUCACCCACGCGGCCAGCCUCCGCCGAGUCUUCUGCUCCGGAGACACGCUCCACGCAUUCCCCCACGCCAUUCCCCAGUGCCCCUUCGACCGAAGUCGACGUCCAACUUGCGCAGAACACCGCGGGCGCUGACGCCGUGCUCAAUGACGCUAGCUCUGGCGAGGAGGAGAGCGAGGAGCCAGACAGCGAAGAGCCCGACGACAGCGACGACGAGGACUGGAGUGAUGACGAUGGCUCCGCUGGUGAGGAAGAUGUGACCGGAGAGAGCGCAGAGAGCGAGGCUGAUGAGGAGGAAGAGGACAUCAGUAUCAAUUUGCUUGACGUUGAUGUCCAGCAGUGCGUGACGAACCUAAUUCAAGACGACGUGUGCGAGCGGCGCUGCUUGCAAGGCAAAGCGGGCGAGUUGGAGUGGUUGACGUGCUCGCUGGGGCAGGUAUCCAAGCCGGAGAAGACGACUUGCAUCCUGACGCUUCUCGGCGUGCUGAUGCAGACAGACACAGCCGAGAGACGUCGUGGUAAUGGUGAACGCGAGAAGUUUCACUACUACUUACCUUUCGUUGGGCGCGUGCGCCGUCCUUCGUUUGCCCGAUGCCUCGGCGUGCAGCCGCUUACCAUUCAGCGCUACAAAAGGCGCGUGCGUGACGGCAACAUUGCUGCCAAGGUGCACGGCAAUCGGCUCAACAAGAAUACUUCGAAGAUCUAUCUAGUUUGGUUGGUCAAGUGGUUCAAGGAGUUUGCUGCUGAAGUCGGCGAGAUGGUGCACGUGAGGGUGCGCAUGCAGAAAACCAAGAACGGUAUGGUGGAGAAGUACUACAGUCGUGAAGACUACACGCUGCUACCUGCUACGUUUACCUGGGAGACUCUGUACGACGAGAUGCACAAGUUUGUGAGUCUCGGUUUGCGCGUUUGUGAGCCUGCACGCUCCACUUUCCGCAAGUUGCUGUCCGUCCACUGCCCCAACAUCAAGAUCCGUUCCGCUCAGUCCAAUUCGAGGAUGCAUCGCGGGGCUUCUGCUGAACAAGUGGAGGAGCUGGGCCAACACACGGAGCCAGCACGUCGAAUGAAACGCGAGUACAAGAAGGACAAAGCUGCCGUCCAUGCAAGCGAUGGAAGCAGCAUGAACAUCUUCGGAAUUUUCUACGAAAACGAGGGAGUGCAGACGAACUACGUCUACGACGAAUUUAUCGACUACAAGUUCUUUGUGAAGGGCCAUACCAAGAAAUCUUCCGACCGUGGCUUCGGCCACAUUCGCCCCCAUGUGGACGAGUUCUUCAAGAGCUACAAGCCGCUCGUGACGGAACUUUACAAGAAGCUAGUUGGGUGCAAGAAUGGGCCAGACGACGAGCCGGUUGAGCAGGAUCUACGGCGCAAGGUUGACGAGGUCCUGACAGAGAGCACUAAGGUGGAGCGAAUGCUCACCCACUUCCUGGAAGACCUGAGCCCUCCGUCACUAAACGCGGAGAAGACAGAGAUGAACAGUAAGAUCCGUCCGUACGUCCCUGAUGAGUUUCAGGGUGAUCCUAUCUACACUGCCCCAAGCCAAGACCAGCAGGACGACGCUAAAUCAGCGAUUAGAGAGCAUCGGGCAGCAAUGGCAAAGGCCGCGAAGGAGAACAGCGACCGCCGAGGAAGAAACGAAGGCAACACGAGUGCAGCGACAAAAAAGAGAAAGACAAACAGCGAGUAA